AUAUAUCGAUAUCGAAAGAAGAUCAACAUUCCAAGUUCUUGUUUUGCACUGAGCCAGCGCCUAUUUUCGUGUUUAAAGCGGCUAAUAAUGCAAAAAUGGUGGCCAGUGCAGUGGUCAGAGCUUCUGCUGCUUCUCCUCCUGGUCGCUGUUUCUGAGGCUGUCAACGGACGAGCACUGCAUAACAGCACGAUAGCAAAAAGCAGCCACCUGAGGAACAACAGCAACUGCCAAAGGCCGCUAUUUUGGCGCCUACCCGCCAAGCAGACAUGUCCAGACUCUAUACUACCGUUGCGCGGCACCAUUUACCUUCUUUACGACGUUAACAUCUCCGAGGGCUUCAAUCUGCGUCGCGAUGUCUACAUUCGCAUGGCGGUCUUUGUGCGUCGCCUGCGACGUCGCAAACGUUUUCGCAAUGUGCGUCUAGUGCUGCCUCCUUGGCCACGACUAUACCACUGGCACUCGCACGGCCUGGGCCAGACCGAUUUGAUGUGGCGCAACUUCUUUGACUUGGACAGCUUGAGACGGUAUGCGCCCGUCCUCGACUAUGACGAGUUUAUCGCCGAGUACCGAAGAUUUGGCAUGCCGGCGCCGCCCUACGUUCACGUCUCGCAGGCUUUUCGGCUGACGCACUACGAGAUUAUGAAGGAGCAAGGCGUCUUCCGGGACAAGUACGAGCGCAUAACUGCCAAUUCCAAUGAUGACGCCAAUGGGCAACGCAUAGAAGCCUGCAAUGAGAACUCCAUCAGUGGCGGUCCGCUGUUGCAGCAGCGAUUGCUACGCUACGGCCGCUAUCACUGCGUACGCUUUCAGGGCAGCGCUGGCCUACUGGAGCGCAUGCUGCGCGAGGCCAUUGAUGAGGAUACGGCGGGCGUCGAGGAUGUGGACGACAUGCGCGUCUAUGCGGUGCUCAGCGCCGAAACAGUCCUGCACGACAAUUGGGGCGACGAGCACUUUUGGCUGGCGCGUCGCUCGAUGCGCUUUGCUCCGUUCCUAAAUCGGGUGGCCGCAGACUUUCGACUUGUCUCGCUAAGCACCACGGACACCACGGCCGGCGUGCAGCGACCUGCUAUGUGGGAGCUGGAGCGACCCAAGCGUGAUGCACGCGGUGGCGACUAUUUGUGCGCGCAUCUGCGACGCGGCGACUUUGUGAGGUCUCGAGAAUCAACCACGCCCACACUCAAGGCAGCGGCACAGCAAAUAAAGCAGCUGCUACGCGCAUUUAAUUUGACCACCGUGUUCGUGGCCAGCGAUGCGACGCCAUACGAGCUGCUCGAGCUGAAGGAGCUUUUCUAUAGGUUUCGGUUUGUGCACUUUACGCCGGAAUCGAAUGCACAGCGGCAGCAGCUGAAGGAUGGGGGCGUGGCCAUUGUCGAUCAGCUAAUCUGCGCCUAUGCCCGCCAUUUUGUGGGCACCUACGAGAGCACGUUCACCUAUCGCAUCUACGAGGAGCGGGAGAUUCUCGGUUUCAGCAAGUCGAGCACAUUCAAUACAUUCUGUAAGGCAUUGGGCGGCAAUUGUGCGCGCAAUGCCGUCUGGCCCAUUGUCUGGAAUGAUGAUGACGAUGAUAAACUUUACUAACAUUUUUUUUUGUGACAGUCAUCAAUUUCUGGCCACUCAAUUUCUCAUAUAUGUCAUUAUGUAGUUAAGUGUAUUUUAUGUAGAAUUAUUUUUAAAUAUUGUGAAUCUUUGAACAAACUGCGAUGCCAUACCAAAAAUUAAACACUUUUUAAAGAGA